AUGUCUACUCGACCAAGACGUACGAUCAGAAGUGCUGCGAGCUCCAAGAUACCCCAGUAUGCAGCAGCAGCCUUACAGCCGUCUCACGACGGGCCCAACAUGCAAUACUUGUUGAAGAAUCCACGGAGCGCGUUGACAAAGAUGGAUAUUUCGACAAUCUUCAACAUCGACACUUGGUCUUCGCUCUCUGAGGACUCGCGAGCCGUUUUGUCGACCUUGCUUCCACCAACGGCGUUCCUUGGAUACCAGCACUCUAUUGAUCCUAGCCACCCAAGCAAGGAAGCGCCUUCAUUACCACCAUCGUCGUCGUCAGGAACGCUCGACACCUCCAUUUUCACAGACUCGCACUUCCUUUCCGCUGCACACACCUUCCAGGAUCACAUAUUCUCUGGAUGGACCACCGAUAGCCAUAUUUCAAAAGUGGAGAAAUAUAAACAAGGUAUACGUGACGGUACGCUUUCAGCACCAUACAAAGACGAAGAGUGGGCAAAGCAAAACAGAAACGAUGCCCAAUGGUUGACGUUUCCUGAAUCGUCUGCUCGUGCAGGGCAAGCCGCCGAGGUGAGAUUUACGGACCUCAUCCACAAUGCCAUCAUCCAAGUUGGGGACCUCAUCUCGUAUAAACGAAACUUCACGAAUGGCAACAUAAUCAUCGAGAAAGAUGCUCUUGUACAGUCGGUGGACCGUAGAACAAGAAGUGUGACGUUGCUGCUCCCUAGCAGUACAACGCAACAUCUUCCCGCCGCAUUGCUGGCACCCGUACCAGGUGACCCGGAUGACUCCAUACGAAGUAUGACAGUCAUGUCUCCGUCUAUGCUGGAGACCGGCCUUUUGGAUAUCGAUGGACGGGUUGAGCGAGGAAAGCGGCCCAAUGGGAAUGCGUGGAAGUCUUUUACUCUGUGGCGGUGGAAAGACAGUGACGAAGAGCUAUUCGACCUAGAUGAAAGAGGCGGGAGGGAGAGUCAUGGUACUCUUUUUUAUAUUCGUGGCUGCUUUUAUCAUGACCGAUGAAUAUACAAUAUGAUAUGCAUCCUAUGUCUCUAGCACAGUUGGAAUUACAAUGCUUCUCUAC